AAUCUAAGGAGUUGUAUCCCUCUUUACUCCACCGCUUCGAAAAUGUUCUAACCUUUGAAAUAAAUAAAUGUGAACAAAAUAUUUAUCAAGAUGAGUUUAAAAUUCGCAACACUUAGCAAUUUCUUAACUAAAAGUCGUCACAUUAAUUAUAGCAACAUAAGAUUACUAAGCACACCUUCUGAGGUACAACAACAAAAUGAAAUGUUUUUGUUGGAGCAGAAGCGCCAAAAAGAACAAGUUGGUAGAAUUGAAAAGAUGGAGAUUGAAGUAUGUGGAUUCAAUGAUGCACCCUCUUUGAUAAUGAACAGAAAUAUUUCUACACCUUAUGAUUGUGCUAAGCAUAUUAAUGAGAAGGUCAUGAACAAUGCAGCAGUUGCAUUGGUCAAUAAUGAAGUUCUCUGGCAUAUGCACAAACCUCUGCCAGACUCAUGUAAAUUAGAAUUUCUACAUUAUAAUCACCCUCAACCUGGUGGUGUCAACAAAGCUUUCUGGAGGACAUGCAGUUUUCUCUUGGGUGCGGUUGCCUCACAAGCAUUCAAAGACAAAGUAGAUGUGCAGUUGCACAGUUUUCCAAUACCAAAUGUAAAAUCUGGAAGCUUUGUGUAUGAUAUUCAGUUAUCUUUGGAUAACUGGACGCCAAAGGAAGAUGAACUACGCGUAUUGUCAUUGGAAUACAAAAAAUUCUGCCAAGAAGAGCACCCAAUCACAUGUCUGGAUGUUUCUGUAGAUCUGGCACUAUUGAUGUUUGAGAAAAACCCUCAUAAAACUAUGCAGAUUCCUGACAUUGCGGCGAAUAACAAUGGCAAAAUCACGCUCUUCAGGGCUGGCGAAUAUAUUGAUAUCUCUAAGGGACCUAUGAUUGCAAACACGAAUCAAGUGGGGCGUAUUACAGUUAGCAAUGUGAUUAAAUUGGAAACGGAUAUUAAAGGACCACCGAUUUAUCGCUUCCAAGGCGUUGCACUGCCGCACAAUAUUAUACUUAAUCAUUUCGCAUUUUCAGUCCUGGAGAAGCGCGCAAAACAAUUGAAUCCUGCAAGAUUGCCAGGUUCUCAAGGUGUUACAACAGAAGACAACAGUUUUAUAGCACAAGCUAAUUAGUCAUGUACAGAAAUUUCAAAUAAAUACAGUUAAAACAA